AAGACUCUCUCGUGCAAUCGGGUCGGCAUCGCAAGCAGUACAUUAUGUACUGAGCUAGCGCUACCGGUAAUAUCGGGUACACAAAUGUACGGUGACAGUUACUACACAUACUGUGUAGCGCAGAGUGGAACAGACCUUUGUGUCGGGAAUCUAUUUCCGCUUUUUGUUUUGUGGAUAACAUGUAUUGGACAUGAUUUAAAAUACCACCAUGUGGCAACCGGUGAAUGACAAGGAGAGAAAGUGUGGCAUCGCUAUAUGGAAUUUUGAUGGAAAAGUUGAUCAUGGAUUACCUCUUUCAAUUGGAGAUGCUGUCCACAUCUUGGAAGAAAACAUGGGUUGGUACCGGGGUUAUUGCUCAAAGAAACCCAUGGUAAAGGGUAUUUUUCCAACAUCAUUCAUUCAUAUACGAGAGCCACCAGCAGAUGGAGAGGAAGAACGGCGCCGGAAGGCCAACGAGCCUCUGAUACAGGAAGUGACAUUGGUCCUGCGAGAGUGGCAUGUCAUCUUUGUUGAACGCUUUAUGAAACAUAAAAUGGACUGGUUCAAAGAGCUGAAGAAGAUCAUGCUGGAGGUUAUUAAUCUUAGAAGUCAACUUCUACCAGGGACAAUGACAUUAGGCAUGAGUAAAGAGGUCAAAGGUACAAUCAUGAACAGAGUGGAUUGGGGAAAUUGCAGACUUGAAUUGGAUCUAGUACCGAGUGUAGAUGGUGAAAUCAUAGACAGUAACCAAUGUAGUCUGGUAAAACUACAUCAAGUGCAUCUGAGGAGUGCCCAAGAAACUAAAAUUUCUGCACUGCCGGUCGCAACCUCGGUGCAACCUUUGCUAUCACUUAUUUCAUUGCAAGUACCAGACCCAAGUGCACAGGCACAGACAACAGAACCGGUGGAAGCUUUUGCGCACCAUCUCCAUCUUCAGUUGGUAAACUUUGGGAUCAAUACAGGUGAAGCAGCGGAAGCUUUCUUUGCUCUCUAUGAUGCUAAAGAGGGAACAUUCAUUACAGAGCGGUAUCUAGCCAAGUUCAACAGACAAGGUGCUCCUCUGAAUGUAGAGAAGAUCGGUAACCUAGUCACUAUUUUCACAGAUAUGAGUAACAAGGACAUGGAGAGGGAUCUGUAUCUUACCUGUCAUAUCAUACGAUGUGGGCAGAUGAAACAAGCUAAGCACAUAGACAAGAAAACCAAUAGUCCAAACUAUAGAAGACCCUAUGGAUAUGGAGUCUUGAAGAUCACUCACAUUCUGAAGAUGCCAGAUGAUGAUGGUAGAGAAGGCAAGGAAGAGGUUAUGAAAAUAUAUGUAGCAAAUACAGCUGAUGAGAAGGACUUUGCAUCACUCCAUGAUCAAGUCAUCAGGAAUACAAGUAGAAAGGGCAUGUCUGCAUCUGGCAAUAUAGGUAUCACUGUAAAGCUUCUGAUGCUUCAUGGUCAUCUUGAUAGCCUCAAGAAAGAGAAACAUCUUCUAUUCAACAAAGGUCACAGUGUUACUCAUAAACUAGGAUUCAGUGAUAUCAUCAUGCCAGGUGACUUGCGGAAUGAUCUCUUCAUUGCAUUAGAGAGAGGAGAAUUUUAUGAUAAGAAUGCUGGCAAAAACAUCGAGGUGACCAUGUGUACAUUGGAUGAAAAAUGGAAAAUGAUUUCUUGCAUAUGCCUUGUAGACGAUGAAGCAGCUGAAACUGAAUAUAGAUCAGUGGUGUAUGUUCAUAAUCAAACCCCUCGCUGGAAUGAACUCCUAAGGCUCAAUGUUCCUAUGGACAGCUUCAAAGAUACACACAUUCGCUUUGAGUUCAGACACUGCUCAAAAGAUAGUAAAAGGAGAGAAAAGCGUUUGUUUGCAAUGGCUUUUAUGCCACUCAUGAAGAAAGAUGGUACAGCUGUUGAAGACAGUACACACCAUCUCUAUGUCUAUAAGUGCACAGAUCAUCAUGAUUUCAGAGAUCCUGCCCAAUACCUUCGGCUGCAUAUUGUUCAGCUGAUAUGGUUUCUAAGGAAACAAUACAUUCCAAUAAAGUAA